ACAACAAUACCUUAUUUACUGUAUACAGUUAGUACCACGUGUGUGUGCGUCCGUGUGUGUGUGUGUGCGUGCGCGUGUGUGUGUGUGUGAGUGAGAGAGAGAUCUAAUUGUUAUGCUUUUUUAAUGGCUCGUUGCUUUUGAACCUGCUCGAGGACGUUUGGAGCGAUGACGUUUCACCAACCCGGAAAUAGCAGUUAGACAGUUAAAGAGAGAAGUAACUCAGUCUUCACGGAUCUUAGGCGUCGGAUCCAGGCUUCUAAACGUUUCUACCAGACUUACACGUCAAGUGUGAGUUGGAUUGUAGGCCUGCGGCCUUGGCCAAGUGCCUGGGUGGCUCUUCCUCCCCUCACCUUCCUCUGCUCAUCUGCUGGUAUCUGUCAUGGGGAACCUUUUAAAAGUUUUGACGUGUACAGACCUUGAUGAAGAGCCCAACUUCUUCCUUGAUUUUGAAAAUGCACAGCCAACGGAUGCAGAGCGAGAGACAUGGAAGCAAGUGGAUGUGGUUCUAAAGGAUGCUCGGGCGAUUCUUGAUGAACUUCAGGCCUACAAUGGGGCUGGGAAAGAGAUAAGAGAGGCAAUCCAGAAUCCUAAUGACGAGGCGUUGCAGGACCAGGCUUGGGCUGCUGUUGUGCCACUUGUGGGAAAACUUAAAAAGUUCUACGAGUUCUCUCAGAGAUUAGAAGCAGCUCUGCACAGCCUGUUAAGAGCCCUGACCAACGAGACAUACAGUGAUGCCACACAGCACCUGGAGCGAGAACAGGCCCUUGCCAAGCAGUUUGCUGAGAUCCUGCAUUUCACACUCCGAUUUGAUGAACUGAAGAUGACAAAUCCUGCCAUCCAGAAUGACUUCAGUUACUACAGGAGGACUCUGAACCGCAUGAGAAUUAACAACGUCCCAGCAGAAGGAGAAAAUGAGGUCAACAACGAGCUAGCCAAUAGAAUAUCACUAUUUUAUGCAGAUGCCACACCCAUGCUGAAGACGCUGAGUGAUGGCACGACAAAGUUUGUAUCUGAGAACAAGAACUUACCUAUUGAGAAUACAACAGAUGUGUUGAGCACUAUGGCAAGUGUGUGUAAAGUCAUGCUAGAGACACCUGAGUACCGUAGCCGUUUCAGCAGUGAGGCCACCGUGUCGUUCUGCUUGCGCGUCAUGGUGGGUGUCAUCAUCCUUUAUGACUAUGUACAUCCUGUCGGUGCUUUCGCCAAGUCCUCCAAAAUAGACAUGAAAGGAUGCAUAAAGGUUCUCAGAGAUCAGCCCCCAAACAGUGUGGAAGGCUUAUUAAAUGCUCUCAGGUACACGACAAAGCAUCUGAAUGACGAAUCAACUGCUAAGACCAUUAAAAGCAUGUUGCAGUAAGCAGCAGCUUGGGGUUACACACCACUGGCCUCCCAUAAGUGUUCAGGGGACACACUCCCUCCCGAACAACAGCAAUGCACAGAAUGUUUUUCCUUUUUCCUAAAGUCAAAAUCAGACAUACCAUACUGUUGGCAUUUUUUUUCUUUUUGUGCCAAAUCACCUUUUGCCGAAACCUUGAUUUUAACACAUACAGCCAUACUAAUGAUGGCAGCUACAUUAUAGAAAAUUUGUUGUUUUUUUUAAUUAUUAGGUUUAUUUUGUCUGUUUUCCUUUAAAAGGGAGGGAGAGUGUUUUUGACUUGAAAAAAUACAGUAUAUUGAGAGAGAAAUCUAAAUAAAUAUUUUAUUUUGUUUGAAUAAAUAUUUAAUAUCAUGUCCUCUGCAUGGCAUAAUGUUGUAUUUAAGGAAAAAAAAAAAAACAGAACUAGUGUUUCAAAAUUGUCUGACUGCUUGGUUGUGUACAUGUUCCAAAAUAAGUGAAUUUAAAUUAUGUUUUGCUAUGGUACUAGUCAAAACUGAGGAUUUCAGAUUGUAGUAAUGUUUCAAUUUUAUAUUUUUUAUAGGUUUUGAUUUAUGUUUUUCAUAGCUGUGAUUUAUGUUCUUCUGGCUUCAAUAUUUCUGGUGGAUUAAAAGUGAGAUUUUGUUGUAUGAUGACAUGAAAUGCGCUGUUUAAAAAAAAAAACAAUUAAAAGAUGCUUUCAUUUUUGUAACUGUUUUUUUAUCUAGAGAUUUUUUGGAGGGGUUUGUUUCAGAAACAUUAUUUUCAUUAAUGGUGUAUUGUGUGUGAUUUGGCAAAUGAAUGUACUUUUAAAUUAACUUGAAAUAAUAUUUUCACAUACAAAUUGUUUUUCUAAGGAAUACCCAGAUUAUUGUUAGUUUUAUUUCAAUGCACAUUGUUUGGUGUGUAUUGAUGACAGUUUUUAAAAAUGUAAUUAAUAACCAGGAAAAAGAUCUGACUAGUACUGAAAAACAAGCUCUGUUUAUUUAUUUCUCUUAAAGUCCUUUGUGUCCUUAAUCCAUUGAUAAAUAGUGUCCUUUAUCCAUUGAUAAAUAAUGGUGUAGACAGUUUUAUCCAUCUUAAAGCUGACCACAACUUCAAGUUUGAAUGUCUGUCUGUCUGUCUGUCUGUAUGUCAGAGUUUCCCUCUACAGAGUAUCCCAAAAGUCUACAUACAGAGGGGAAAUUAACAACCUUUUCCCAUACAUAGUUUAUAUCUUAUAUAUUUUCAAGGUGACUCCAUGUGUGUUUACAAAGUAAUGGCAAUCAUGUUGAGGAUGUUUUGUGAAUAAAGUUACACUUUUGCUUAAAAAA